UAUUACAAGCAAUACGGUUCGCCGACACUGUACGUACACCUUCACUCCACACUUCUAUAUCUUCCUUCUCUGUUCCCUCUGUACUUCACACAUACACUCUCUCUCUCUCUCCCAUCAACAUGGUGCAUUCAAAGAAGUUCAGAGGCGUUAGGCAGCGUCAUUGGGGCUCCUGGGUCUCCGAAAUACGCCACCCUUUGCUGAAGAGAAGGAUAUGGCUAGGCACAUUUGAGACAGCCGAAGAGGCAGCUCGAGCGUACGACCAAGCCGCCAUUUUGAUGAGCGGCCGCAACGCCAAAACCAACUUCCCGAUAACUCAAACGCCUGCCGGGGAGCCAAUGAGGAGCGAGGAUCCGCCGCCGUCGCCGCCAAAGGAUUUGUCGGAAAUCCUGCAUGCAAAGCUUCGGAAAUGUAGCAAGGCGCCAUCGCCGUCCAUGACUUGUCUUAGGCUCGACACCGAGAGCUCUCAUAUCGGGGUGUGGCAGAAGCGUGCCGGUCAACGCUCUGACUCGAGUUGGAUCAUGACCGUUCAGCUGGGGAAUAAGAAUGCCGCCGUGGACGGUGCUGAUCAAAACAGUUCAUUGCCUUUGUCUUCCGACUCCCGGCCCGCGUUUACCGGGCCAGAACUCCGAGCAGAGAUGGAUGAAGAGGAGAGAAUCGCCCUGCAAAUGAUAGAGGAGCUUCUCAACGGGAAUUGUCCUAGCCCUUCAGGAGAGGAAAGCUUUUACCUCUGACCUCAUUAUCUCAUGCUAUAUUUAUUCAUAUAAUUAAAGUUGUAUACGUAUAGAAAAGUCUUGUGUUUGUAUAGAGCUUUCUGUCUUGCUAUAAUUCUAUUCAAUGUUAAUCUAACAAUGCUGACAUGACGAUCGGAAAUGACAUGUCAGCAUUGUUAGAUGAACGUUGGAUGAAAUUAUAGUAUUUACCGUUUCUCUGUUUUCUUUAUUAUAUAAGUGUAUAUGUGCACAGAGAGAAAGAGAUGAUGAUAAGUAAUUGGGUUUUGUACGUAGCAAAACCAAUAUGAUACCAAAACCAAACCAAUGUACGAGGUUUGAGCAAAUAUAGUAUGUGUGACCAUAAUUAUAAUACAAUUGCGUUUGUUUAG